UCUAGACUGGGCGCGAGGAGAAGGCUGCCAAAGAGAGCGAGACAUCCACUGAUCAUUCACCUCAUCUUCUCGGAUACCUCCACGUUUUGGUUCUGCUGUGACCACGGCGUCCAAGGUGCACGGCGCGUUUUCUGCUCCGUCCCUGCCUUUCUUCAAGAAAGAAAUGGAAGAGGGCUCCAGUUGCCCGGGCUCCCCGGUGGACAGUCUGGAGACCAGCGAGGAGGAGCUGGACCGGCAGCAGAGACGCUUCCCGGCCAAGAGGAGGCAGAGCAAGAAGUCCAGCGGGGACAGCAGCGGCGGCAGCAGCCCGGGACCGGUCAAACGGGCCAAGAAGCCGAGUCCGAGCAGCAACCAGUCGUACGAGGAGCUGCAGAACCAGCGGUGCCUGGCCAACGUGCGCGAGAGGCAGCGCACGCAGUCUCUGAACGAGGCCUUCUCGUCGCUGCGCAAGAUCAUCCCCACGCUGCCCUCGGACAAACUGAGCAAGAUCCAGACGCUGAAGCUCGCCUCCAGGUACAUCGACUUCCUGUGUCAGGUGCUGCAGAGCGACGAGAUGGACAACAAGAUGUCCAGCUGCAGCUACGUCGCGCACGAAAGACUCAGUUACGCGUUCUCCGUGUGGAGGAUGGAGGGCGCGUGGUCGAUGUCAGCAUCUCACUAGCACCCAGAGGCCUUUGAUGCAAUGCCAAAGCGACUGUUUACUUCUACAAAGUAUGAGAACCAAAGGAAUUAUUGAAGAACCCAUCAACCUCAAAGGCAUCAGAGAGACGUAAUGUGACCUACAAACUCUAAAGGAAGUGUGUGUGUGCGUGUGCGUGUGUGUGUGUGUCUGAAAGAAGGGGAAAGACCUGCAGGCCGAAGGUGCAGCUCAGACUGUUUGUCACCAAAAGCCAUCCUUCAGUCCUGUUUAGAAGGAAAUAUCUCUAUAUAUAUUUUGUUUUCCAAAGACUUAAAAAGUAUAAAUAUAUAUAGAAGAAUGCAUUUUGUACAUACCUGUGUAACUACGCCUGUAGUCUGUAAAGGGACCAAUGCAAUUUCGAAACAUUUGCUGCAUGGAUUUGUUUCACUGACUUUCUUUAGUAAGUCUCCAAAAAUCCGUCCGAUGUACAUUUUCUGUUUUUGCUUAUUUAUU